CUAUUUUUGGGAUCGUCCUUAACGAAGAUGGAGAACUCUUAAUUGAAAGAAGGAUGUCUCUUUUAUAGGAUACCUCUACUAGGAACUUUACAUAUUGAGGAAUAGAUACAUGUGGUUCUGGAGACAUGUAUAUAGGAGAAGCAUAUAUAUGCACUUUUCCUAAUAUAUGCUUUUAUCAAGCAGCAUGAGAAAUGGAGAACUGAUAAACAAGGUAAAGACCUUUGAACUGAAAUUGCUAGUUCCCCAGACCCCAGAGUCUUCUGCCUAGUUUGGCAUCACUAAAGGGAUAGUGACUGGGGCAAAAACUAAUAUUUUUGACACUGACUGGGGCAAAAACUAAUAUUUUUGACACUGACUGGGGCAAAUACUAUACAUGAUGUAAGCCGAAAAUAAGCCGGCUGAGGAACACCCCUCAUAUGACAUUUGGCAUUACCCAAGCUCCAAAUUAUGUAUCUGCCUCGGACAGAUUCUACUUCAUCAUCUCCAGCAAAAUAUAAAGUAUGGCGUGCAUAAGCUUAAUCUUGGUCAGGUUUGUCAUCCUCGUCCUCGCCGUUGUUGCAUCUCUCGGCGUCGGCGCCGCUGCCGCAGUUGGCAAGCAGGACAAGUUCCUGGCUCCAGUGCAUCCUUCCUGCUCGACCAGUGGCAACUACACCGAUGGCAGCCAGUUCAAGAAGAACCUCGACGAGCUCCUUGCCGCCCUCCCCGCGGCCGCCAGCAGGAACGACGGGUUCUACAUCGGCACUGUGGGGGACUCGGGAUCUCCCGACCAGGUCUUCACCCUCAUCAUGUGCUAUGCCGACCACGACGCGGCGGAGUGCCUGGAAUGCCUCACCGGAGCGCCGGCGGGGAUCAUGGCCUUGUGCCCUGGCAGCCGGGACGUGCGCGCGGCAUACGAUGCGUGCAUACUCCGGUACUCCCCGGUGUCGCCCUUUGCAUCCACGGCCGACCUCGAGAUCCCUUUCUACGUGAAGUACACCGCUCCCAUCCUAGUUGAUCCGGUGGCCAUGGCCAGGGCGUGGCUUCCGCUGAUGGCCGACCUCACGGGACAGGCCGCUGGGUCGCUGGCGCGGGCAGCGAGUGGGAGCACACCGUACGAUGCUUCGUGGCGGGUGUUCGGGCUGGCGCAGUGCACGAGGAACCUCAACGCGAGCGAGUGCAGCCGGUGCCUCUCCUCCUUGGUCGGCAAACUGCCGGAGCUGUUCCAGAACGAGACCGGUGGCGCCGUCAAGGCAUACAGCUGCUACGUGCACUACCAGAUCGGCCCCUUUGAGAUAACCCUUCCACCUGCAUCAGAACCACCGCCGCAGUCGUCUCCAAAGCCCGGAGAAGCAUCGUCUUCUUCAAGAACAAGGCUCCUGAUCGGCAGCUCCAUUGGUACCGUGUCGUUCUUGAUCAUUCUGGUUGGUGUCUUGGUCUGUCUCCUUGUCCGACGACGGCAAAAGCACCCAAUCACUGCCAAUAAGCAGGCAAAGGGGCAAGAGCCGGAAGAUGGCAAAUUCUCCGACGGCGACGACCCAGCCAUGGAAGACGACUUCGAGAAAGGGACUGGGCCCAAGAGAUUUCGCUACGUUGAGCUGGCCAUCGCAACCGACAACUUCUCUGACGAGAAGAAGCUCGGGGAAGGAGGUUUCGGCUCCGUGUACAGAGGGUACCUCAAGGAGUCGAACCUUGAGGUGGCCAUCAAGAGAGUAUCCAAAGGUUCCAAGCAAGGGAAGAAAGAGUAUGCUUCCGAGGUGACAAUUAUAAGCAGACUCCGGCACCGAAACCUGGUGCAGCUCAUCGGCUGGUGCCACGGCGGUGGCGAGCUGCUCCUUGUCUACGAGCUGAUGCCCAAGGGCAGCCUUGACACGCACCUCUACGGCGGCAAGAACGCAGCCGUGCUGCCAUGGCCGGUCAGGCAUGAGAUCGUGCUUGGACUGGGCUCUGCCCUCCUGUAUCUAAACCAAGAGUGGGAGCAGUGCGUCCUGCACAGAGACAUCAAACCAAGCAACAUCAUGCUGGACGCCUCCUUUGCUGCCAAGCUCGGCGACUUCGGGCUUGCCAGGCUCGUUGACCAUGGCCGAGGCUCGCACACCACGGUGCUCGCCGGCACGAUGGGAUACAUGGACCCGGAAUGCAUGACCACCGGCCGGACCAGCGCCGAGUCGGACGUGUACAGCUUCGGUGUCGUGCUCCUCGAGAUUGCCUGCGGCAGGCGGCCUCUGGCAGUGGCAGAAGAGGAGCAGAUGGCCCACCUGGCUCAGCGGGUCUGGGCAUCAUACGGCGUGGGAAGGGUUCUUGAUGCCGCUGACGCGCGGCUGGAGGGGGAGUUUGACGCCGAGGAGGUGGAGCGUGUGAUGGUCGUCGGGCUCUGGUGCGCGCACCCUGACCGGAGCCUCAGGCCGUCCAUCAGGCAGGCCGUCGGUGUGCUGCGGCGCGAGCAGCCUCUGCCGACCCUACCGGAGAGGAUGCCGGUGGCAACUUUCUUGUACGUGCCCCUACUGGUUGAUGGUUCAAGUUCCACGUUGUCUACUGGUGUCACCGGCGCUGGCGGCAGUGGCAGCAGCGGAACUGACACGACGGCGGAGAAGUCGAUGUCGAUGCGAAGCAACACGGUAGUGGAUGGACAAAUCACUGGACGCUAAAUGUUGUAAAGGGACAAAUUGAUACGCUCAGUUUGCUAACACGAAGUAAUUUGUUAAUUAUCCUAAUUUCUGAUUAUUCCAUUAAAAUUGAGCUAUUGUGAUAGUAAAAAA